AGAAAGGCUACCAUCUUCCUAUAAUCUUUUUUAUGAUUGAGCCAGCUUAUUCGACAUUUACAUGAUCGAAAGCUCUGUGCCAGUUGUAUUACCAUCAGGUUACGGGUUUUUUUUUCUUUCCGGAGCAGUAGGUCGACAUUGCUCCUCUCUCACGUGAGGAGAAUGAUUGCACAAUAGAAAUGAUCUACGUAGCAUAUGACGCAUCAAUCAUAAUCGACGUAGAAAUAGCAGUAGGACCAACUUCUACAGCGCGUUACUCUUAACCCAUGAUAAUUUAAUGUAUGAGCAGGUCCCGGCCAACGGCCCAACAUGAUUAUCCUCUAUUUUUAUCAACAAUUAUGUUGAUAUUCUAAAUUUUUUUGACUUUUUUGGAUCUGCGACCUCGAGCUCCUAAACUCGGGAAGACUCAGCGUCAGCAGGAGAAACACGGUGUCAUUGUCGAAGAUGAUCUGAAGUUAUGCUUUCGCCUGUUUUCGACAACUUCCACACACAGUAUUGCUUUUUAGUCAUUAGUCGCGAACAAGUUAAUUCUUACCUAUGGACUCAACACUGAAAAAGUUUCC